AUGGCUCAUCUACUUGUCUGGCCCGGAAAAUACUACUUAUACGCUAUCGGCAACACUCCAGCCGUCUGCCUGACCAGAGACCUUGCAUCAGAGGAGGACGCGGACAUCCUCUUACUCGGUUGUGGCGAUCCGAGAAAUGUUUUGUAUACCAUCUUCUGCGAACCUCAAAACAGUGAACGAAAGCUGGAUUUCACGUGUUGUGAUUUUGAACCGGCCAUUCUAGCGCGCAAUGUCAUCCUCUUGACCAUGCUUGUCGAUAAACUUCCAGUCACAACGGUGGUCUGGAAUAUCUUCUAUCACAUGUACCUUGACAAGCAGUCGAUGACGGUAUUAACUGAGCAUUGCAAGAAGCUCAUCAGCAUCUCCGACACCCUUCAGCACUGGAAUGACUCUCGGUAUGGCACCUUUAUCAAAAUGUGUACCGAAUACACGUUGGCAGAGAUCCGACGCCACUGGUCGCUUUUUGCAGAUAUGCAGAACCUCCCAGGUGCACGUCUGCAAGCCAUCCGUGAUGCUUUCUCAGAGUUAUCCAAAUCGGUCUCGCAAAAGAAAGGUACAACACUGACCUCGGCGCGGUCUGCGGGACCUCUUCUAGUGCAGGCUAUCCGCACCACUGCGGAGCAGUUCAGACUGUAUUGGAGAAACGGUGUAACAUUCUCCGAUUCUAAGCAGAUCACGGCCGCCAAACUCGUGAAUCCCACUUUUGUGUAUUCCCUUGCAGGCGAAGGGUGUCCCAUCCACUACGCAACCGACCCGCUCGUCCCAUUUCACAUUGGUUCUGUAUUUGGAAACGCAAAGGGUUCAGUCACAGUUUCCGAUGUCGUGAAAGCCGCGAGAUUCGAGUUCAAUGACUGGUGUUUGGCAUUCCUUAGCGCGAUCUCGACCAUCGGUACGCAUACUGCAAUCAUUCGCUUCUUUGUGGGUGAGGCUACUGCAGUAUGUCGUGUAUUGCGGGGCUUCUCUACUACGGGAAUACUCAAUUCUACAGUGCCUGUUGCCCAAUGGAAAACACAGCUGAUACAGCUCAACAGGGAGGAUUAUAUGACGGGUGGCGCACCCGCUAGUUUCAACGUCAUCGAGACGUCUAACCUAGAUGAUCAUAUCGGGCUGUUGAACGUUCUCAUUGCUGCAGUUCCCCUAUUAUCGACAUCUACCUAUUCGAACGUGAUCUACACGGAGUCCCUGUUGUCCCAUGAGCAGGACUCAACCAAAGAGUUCUCGGAGCGUUUGUACGCCGAUAUCGGGACCAUGGGCUUUCUCCUUGGUUUAUGCCCUGUGGAUUAUCUCGCAGGAUAUACUACAAGAUCCAACACGCACGAGUUGAUGAUGUACCAGUUCCUUGGCAAGAAGGAUGUCACGCAGUUUCAUCAAGUAACCACGUGGAAAUCACCCUACUCUGGAGAUUCCCUUGCUUUACAGAAUGGUGUAGCUUCACGACCUCCCGACUUUGAUUCACGACAGCUUGGGACUCUCUUCUACGACAUUUACUUUCAGCUUUUUCAGUUGGAAGAUGCUUCUCGUCAUUUCAACCGCCAUAAUGGUCCGAACAUGAUGAAGGCGUUUCGCUCUUCGAAUAUCCUUCACUACAUGCGGGAGAGUUUCGUUCUACUUCUGAAGCUUGUUCGCGACAGAUUGCGCAUAUCCCACGAGCAAUGGCUGGAAGUCAUGGAUCGAUUCAUCGAGGUCAGAGAAGCAGAUACGUCCUUGUCGAUGGAUUCAGUCAAUUUCCAGGAUCUCUGUGCACAUUUAUAUCGGCACGGAGUGUAUACCAUCUUUUUCAUUCCAGUCAUGCCCCCGGGGCCUCGCAUCGGUAUCUUCUCAGAGUGGGACACUGUCCCGACCCUCGUUCGCAUCAUCCUCAUUGUCCCGCGAGAGAAGCUGGACGUCUUGGAUGAAUCAAAUGAGCAGGUUGGGACUCCCAUUUUGCAAUGCGACCUUCGAGGAACUUGGUCGCACAAUGUCUACUCCGCAGUCCACGUCGCUUUUGGGAGGGCCACCAAGAUGGGUACGAAGGCUCGUCCAUGGGUUUCCUUCGAAGAGGAUCCAGAUGGGAAGAGGGGAACCUCUCCUCUCGUCGCUUCCUUCACUGUGGCUGUGAGGGCUUUGACAGAAAUCGAGCCUAUGCAGCAGCUCAGUAUUGGUCUUUCCGUUAGAAGCACACUCGGCACAGUGAUGCUGACAAAGAAAUUGGGGCUGACACUGAGUCUCUUCAGUGCACCAUUAAUGGACGAGUCCCAUGUUCUUGUUCUUCCUGAACCGUCGCUGCCGUCUAGAGCGGUACAAGCACCCCUGCCAAGUCCCAGUCAAAGUACUGGCCCCUUGAUUGGAGGAGUAGGCGAUGUGAGCGUCGAAUUAGACGAGCAAUGUGAAUUGGUUUCUUCCAUGACUUGCAAGGUGUCUGUCGAGGACGAGGAAGUGAAGACUCUUUUCGGAUCUCAAGGAGCAACACCGGAGAUCUCACAGGUGUCACCCUGCGUUAUGAGACUCACAGUCGGUCGUCAUGUUCAGAAUGUGGUUUAUCCAUUCCCUGUUAUAGGCAGCCAGAACAGACUCCGUCUUGCGAGAAAGUCUCUGUAUAUCGAAGUCAUUGUCUCCCCGUUUGGGCCGUUCAAGUCUGAUGGGAUGAAGUUGAACCCAUUCCCCGUGGUUCGCUCGGAGAAGACUUUAGCACUAUGGAGUAUUCAUCACGUCAAUUUGUCCAGAAUGCCUGUCCUGGACAUCAAGGCCAGCCAAGUCGCCGAGUGGCUCAACCCGCAUAUUGGAUCUAUGAUGUCCAAGCGCGAACGCUCCCUUCGUCGGAAGCACAAGGAUGAUGAUGUCUUGACACUCGUCAAGGACACAGUGCACACCAUCUUCGUUCAUUCUACAGGCCUCCAAGCUGGGCCUGCACGACGUCUUUUUGCGCUCCAAGACGACGCUACUCGGAAUUGUGAUACGAUAUUCUUCAUCAGCGAUAUCCGAUUCGAUUUGCACUCUCAUACCGUCGUCUGCGAUGGUUACGUUCUGCCACUGACCAAGGAGCUCAUAAUGAGGACUGAGCGCUCAUUUACCAAGCUCAUCGCCGAGGGGAACUUGGUAAAUGUGGCAGCAUUCAAAGGAGAGAUGCAGGCGUGGAAACAAUUGUUACCCGCCCUCGUCGAGCGGUGCCGGUCUUCUUGGCAACAUGGCGAUAACUGCGAGUACAAGUCGCAAGGACGGAUCCCGCUUACAACCGAGAUGGAGGCAGAUCCUCUGUGCAGUUGCGGAAGAGGAAAGGACACAGACGGCAUGUCGAAGGUUGCCCUAUGGAAGAACUUUGCACCGUAUGUGACCCGAAUAGCGCUGUCGCCGCUGUUUGCGGUGUCAUAUCUGGAGACCGUUGGUCGUGAUCCCGCAGCGCACAAAUGUUCUGUGUGCAGAGGGAGGGGUAAACCAAAAUUGAGAGCGUGCGGAGGGUGCAAGAAGGUACGAUACUGCUCAGAAGCUUGCCAGAAAAAGGAUUGGAAGGCCCACAAAUUGCGCUGUAAGGCUUAA